AUGGAGCUGAAUUCCGUGAAAGAUGCCUUCGACCGUGUCACAAAGAAAGAGAAGCUCUCGUCCUCCAAAUCUCAGGAAAUGAUCCAACAUGUCGAGGCAGAAAUCGAACGCACUCUAUCGAUAAUACCAUCCGGGCAAGAAGAUCACAGGCCCAUCCUCAAUGCCCUAAAAGCCAAGCUGAACGACUUGGCCCCUCAAAAGCAGCUCGCGGGCACCCUAAAGGAGCUCAACAUCGCCCUCAGCAAGUACCAAAAACUCCUCGAGAAGUCAUUCAUUCCCGACAUCUCAAAAGCGUUCCGUAAAAUCGAUUUCGACACCCACACCGUCAACCAGAUAAUCAUUAGCCACUUUCACCGAGAAGGUAAAUUCGACCUCGGUGACUGUUUUGUCGAGGAAUCCGAAGAGCCCGAGGCCGCCGCAGUCCACAAAUCUCCCUUUCUAGAAAUGUUCGCAAUAUUAGACGCCAUCAAGUCCCGAAACCUGAUGCCGGCUCUAACCUGGGCCGCGGCCAAUCACGAACAGCUGAACAAGAACGGGUCAGACAUAGAGCUGAAGCUCCAUCGACUCCAACUUGUCGAGAUCCUGGAGAAAAACGGGAGAGAUGAUGCCCUCAAGCACGCCCGAGCCUUCCUGGCUCCAUUUGCUUCCACCCACAUGUCGGAAGUCCAGAAGCUCAUGGCCUGCCUCUUGUGGGCUGGACGGCUCGACCAGUCCCCUUACACCGAGCUACUAUCCCCUUUGCACUGGGACAGGCUAUUGGACGAGCUGGCCCGGGAGUUGUGUAAUUUGAUUGGGCAAUCGUACGAGAGCCCGCUGAGCGUGACGGUUGCAGCCGGGGUCCAGGGACUGCCAACCCUCUUGAAGCUGAUGAACGUGAUGAUGACUGGGAGAAAGCAGGAGUGGCAGACGAUGAAGGUUGCUGGUGUUUGUGUGCCCGUGACCAUAUUUUCAGUGGUUAAGGGUGUAGCCCCAGGUAUAGGCAUGCCCAUAAGAAUGGCAACAGCCGGCCUAAUGGGGGAAGAAGGAAGAGAAGUGGCUUUUUCGGCUUCAGAUCAGUCCCGUCGCAAUGUUUCAAAGGGCGACGAGGAGGACGAGAAGUGGCAGAGAAUAGAUCAACCCGAGAAGUAG